UUUCGGUUGUACAGACACUCUUACGACGUAGACAUAAGAGCGGUCAACAACUUCCAAAGGUUCGAAGGAGUGUAUUGACUCUAGUGGGCUGCUCUUCCAACUCCCAAGAAACUUUAAUUGAAUAUGAAGGGUAUAGAGGAUAAUGUAAUGAACUUGGAAAGACACGCUGGAUAAGACAAACAAGACAACGUUUUAGUAAUCUAAAUGAAUUAGCAGCAUUUCAACUUAGAAACAAAGGGAUUUGUAAAAUGAUUUCAGAUGCCAGUGAGAUGUUGGCAGCAGCCUUGGAGCAGAUGGAUGGGAUCAUCGCAGGCUCAAAAGCCAUGGACUACUCCAAUGGCCUAUUUGACUGUCAGUCACCUACUUCACCCUUCCUGGGUAGCCUGCGAGCCCUGCACCUGCUGGAGGACCUGCGGGGGGCGCUGGACCUGAUGGAUGUGGAGGAGCGGGAGAGUCUGCGGGGCCAGGUGCCUGCCACUACAGCUGAAUGUCUGGUUGAGUGGCUACAGAGCAGACUGACUAAUGGUCAUGGAUCUGGAGCAGGGGAUGGGGUCUACCAGGAACAACUUUCCCGUCUAGAGAGUGAAAAGGAAUGUCUAGUGCUUCAGGUGAGUGUUCUUACGGACCAGGUGGAGGUCCAGGGAGAAAAGAUAAAAGACCUAGAGAUGUGUCUUGAGGAACACCGGAUGAAGCUUAUUGCCACUGAAGAAUUACUACAGCAGGAGCUCCUUAGCAGAAGUUCAUUGGAGACCCAAAAACUGGAGUUGUUGACGGAGGUGUCCAGUCUGAAACUGAAGCUGGCAACUGUAGACCGAGAGAACAGGGAGAGUGAGGGCCUAUAUCAGGAGCUCAGCGACAUGCACCUUAGGAUUGCUGCUAUGGAAGCCGAGAAAGCACAGCAGGAAAGAAGCCUGAACUUGACCAGAGAUGAGCUGAUGGCAUUGCAGAGGCUGCUGGAAGAGAGGGAACAAGAGCUAAGGAGACUGAAGGAUUGGACAGUACCUGAGGUCAUGACCUCAGACACAGCCCAUCUCGGAGAGAAAGACACAGAGGUGCAGAGGAUGAAGCAGACAGUCAAGUCUUUAAUGGCCACUAAUGUUGAGAAGGAUCAUAAGAUUGAAGAGCUUCAGCAGUCCCUGAUGAACUACAAGCCAGUGCUGGACAUGGCAGGCUCAGGACAGAGACAGAAAGCUGUGUGUGACCUGCCCUGUCUUACUAGCAUGUCUGCUCCACUGUCAGACAAGGCCAAAGAGGCAGCAGGGCUGUGUGGAGGGUCAGCCAUGGCUACUGUACUGACGGAAGCCCCCUCCCUGGAAGAGACAUUAGAGACUGAUGAGCCUCAGGUGAUUCCAUGCGCUGAACUUGUCCCCGAGUUUGAGCUCCCAACCAAACGUGAGGGAGAGCAUGUGCCAAACCCUGCUCCACACAGUUCCUUUGAGGGGCUCGGGUGGGAAGGUUCAUCCUCUCCUGUCAACAGGGAGGAGCUUCAGUCUGGGAAAAAUGGUAGCUUCCCAGGACCCUCGCCUUCUCCACCCCACCCAGGGGAGAGCGACCGCUUCGGCACCAGGAAAAACCGCUCCUCUUUUAGCCGGGGCUUCUUUAAGAUCCGGGGCGGGAAGAGUUCAUCCAGCACUCCAAACCUGGCAGCUGAAGCUGAGCAGAAGAGGAAUGAGCACCUGGAUCUUGCAGGAGCCCUGUCUCCCAAACCCAAAGAGGAGGAAACCACAUCACCUGAAGGCAAGAAGAAAGCAAAAGGGAUCCGAAGGUUUUUAGGAAUGAUGAGGAAGAGCCAGUCCACCUCCUUCAACCUGGAAGAUGCUCCUGAGUCAGAGUUCAGGAGGGGAGGAGUCAGAGCCACAGCUGGGCCCAGGCUGGGCUGGUCACAUGACUUGCAAUGCCGCACCAAAAAUGAGCUGGACUUCCCACUCACACAUUGGUCUAAAGAUCAGGUGUGUGUGUGGCUCCAGGAACAGGGCUUGGGCCUGUAUGUGAGCCAGGUUCAGCAGUGGAUCAGCUCUGGGAGCAUGCACCUAAAUGCUUCACCACAUGACCUUGAAAAGGAGCUGGGCAUCAGGCACCCUCUCCACAGAAAGAAACUGCAGCUGGCCCUUCAGACCCUGGGCUCAGAGGAGGAUGACACAAUGGGCAAGCUGGACUUCAACUGGGUCACUCGGUGGCUAGAUGACAUUGGCCUGCCCCAAUACAAGUCCCAGUUUGAGGAAGGUCGGGUGGAUGGACGCAUGCUUCACUACAUGACUGUAGAUAACUUGCUGGCUCUGAAGGUGGGCAGUGUGCUUCACCAUUUCAGCAUCAAGAGGGCCAUCCAGGUCUUGCGGAUCAACCGCUAUGAUCCCAGCUGCCUCCGCCGCAGGCCUUCUGAUGAGAGUAACAUCACUCCGGCAGAGGUGUGCCAGUGGACCAAUCACAGAGUGAUGGAGUGGUUGCGCUCGGUGGACCUCGCGGAGUACGCACCCAACCUCAGAGGAAGUGGUGUGCAUGGAGGCCUGAUGGUUUUGGAGCCACGAUUCAACGUGGAGACCAUGGCCCUGCUCCUGAACAUUCCGCCCAGCAAGACUCUACUGAGACGUCACCUGGCAACCCACUUUCACCUCCUGAUUGGUGCUGAGGAGCAGGGACUGAAGCAGGAGUGUCUGGAGAACCCUGACUACAUGCCCCUCACUGCCACAGCCAGAGUGAAGCCAAGGCGCUUGUCAUUCGGGGGAUUUGGGACACUGCGGCGGAAGCGUCAGGAGGAGAUCGAGGAGUAUGUGUGCCCCAUGGACGUGCAGAUGCCCCAGGGCAGCAGCUUCCACACACGCCAGCACAUCUACAGGAAUGACCUGGACCAGCUGAAGCAGAUGGAAGAUUCUGAGGGCACAGUGAGACAGAUAGGAGCCUUCUCAGAAGGGAUCAGCAACCUGACAAGUAUGCUGACCGAGGAUGAACUCUUCAGGGAAAUGCCUUCUCAUUCUCCCAACGCCAACACUGCAGAUGAGUCCAGUGCAUGAGGAAGGAAGCUGUCUCCUGCAGGGCCACCGAUUCGCACCAAAACCUUCCCAGCCUGUUCCACUGCCAGUACUGUGACUUCUACCAUUGGAGAUAUGCUCCAAUGGCACUGUCUACAUAUCACAGAUCUAUAAACAUACUGUAGUGGAAUACCUUCAAUGUCUUAUUUAUUUGCACAUCUGCAGUAUAUACAGUGUUUAUAAGAAAUUGUGCCAAACAAACACUGAAGAGUACAAAUGAUGAUCAGAAAACACUUUUUAAAUUAUUUUUAAUCUUAUGGUAACUUGCGGCUUAUGUCGCCAUUAUACUUUUAGCAUGUGUUUUGUCUGCUGUGUUAUUGAUGCAAUGUGGACAAUUGGCAGGUGUAUCGGGAGGGGGAUAAUAUCCUCAGGGCAAGCAUUUAGCCUGUGGAUCAGUAAUUUAUGCUACAAUUACAUCAGUGAAUGUCCCCUUGCUGUGUGUGGUUUUAGGAAUUUAUUAAAUCAAUAAAGCUGUGUACUCCAAUAUUCUUAAUCGCUAA